GACACGAUAUCGAGCUGUUAAUUUGGGCUACCCUCGCCGUUCAAAGCUUUUCGGCUCUCAAAUUUCAAUAUCUUUUGUGUAGGUUAUCAUGUGCGUUACAUGGAUUUGUGGACAUAUUUUGUUACGGUUAUCAUCGUCGGUGUACACUCAGUCAGUAAAGUUGGACCUGUGAGAGCAGUUGUUGGAGACAAUGCUACUAAAGCAUCUAUACGAGUACUUUUACCUGAAUCAGGUUGGUAUCCAGAGGCUGGUGUAUAUAAAGUAGCUGAACUCGUCAAGAAAAAGACUGAAAAUGAUUACUCAAACAUUUCUGUAAAGAUAACUCUGUUUGGAAGCUCCAAUAAGCGACUAAUUUUAGACUCCGAGAUAACCAAACCACUGUUUCAAAAUGACCAGGAGGACACGUACUAUGUAGGGCUAGCUCACUCUACCACUGCUCUGGAGAUGACUACAUUCCUCAAGAUGCCGACAGUAACAUUCUCGACUUUGUCUCACAUAGAUAACGGCACUCAGGUCCCCAUAAACCCUGGAUAUAGAAACUCUACCAAAGGACUCUUCAACCUUUUGGAGAACUUUAAGUGGUACCGUGUUAACUUUAUCGUGUCUGAGACUCUACCUUGGUACAAAGAAACGUGGCAACUGCUUUAUACUGACAUUAAGAAGAUGAAGAAUGAGCCGGAGACUGGGGGGAUAACGUACCCUAAAAUAGAGACAAGGACCAGAGCAAGUGAAGAUGACGUUUUCUACCUGGACAGUCUUAAGGAAGACGAAGAGGACUUCAUCAAACAUAUAAAAUCUACACAGACUGCUAACAUCUUUGUGUUUAUCGGUCACCUGUGCGAGUUUCAGCACUAUAUCACAAUUGCAUACAAACACGGUUACCUUGAGCCAGGUAAGAUAAUAAUAUACCUUGACAUGUACGGUCAGAUGAUGAGAGAUACUCCAGAGUGUACCACAUCUUCUACAAACUGUACUAACUUCUGUACUGUACAUGCUGUGGAGGAGGAACUGUUUCACAAAGCUAUGAACUUUGUUAUAGUAGCGCUCACCCACUGGACUGAUAUUACAGAUAACAAUGUGGACAGGAGACGGUUUAAAGAGGAUUUCCCUAGCUUGACUGCCAGUGAUCACAGUGGGUUAGAUAUCUUGAUGGCUGAUUCUCUCAACAUACUUGUGAAAUACAUAAACAGAGAGGAUGCCAAGCAAAGCCUCUCCACGUUCAUCAGUGAACACCAGGACCUGUCUCUUUACUCAGGGGGGCUGGAAUAUGUUACUCCUCAGAAGAGGAGCCUGGAGAGCGGGGUCCGCUUCUUUCAUGGUAAUGAAUAUUUGGAGUUCAUGACGUGGGACAAUAACUGUGAUGGAAUUUACUGUCCUAUUACAGUAAGCACAGGUAAAAAGGUGCAGUGGGCAGGGGGAGUCCUACCUAAAUCUGCCUUCAAAUUACCUGACGACAGCACUGAUCCCCUGAUCAUAAUUUUACCUCUCAUCUUCGCACUGUUCAUCAUCAUACUCGGGGCUGUGUUCACCACUCAAGUCUACAAAAAACAAAAGUGUGCGUCCUCUCAAAAACUUUGGUCUCUAGAUCAGAAAAACUUUGAGUUCGACAAAACCCACGACUUGCAACCAAGGACAAGCCACGGAGGAGCCUUUCCAAAGAGCUACCAGAACGUGCAGAACAAAUCAGGCCGGUACAAAAACUGUGAGGUUUUCAUAAAGGAGAUAAGCAAAGUUAACCUGAACAUUUCUAAAAACUAUGAACUCACAACGGAGGUUCUAAAAAGAGUGGGCGGUAAAGCUGACAAUGUCAACUUCCUAAUAGGAAUCCUAGAUAAGCCUAAUUGUGUGCUCCUAGUUCAACCUCUGUGCUCUAACGGUAGCCUGAUGGACGUUAUGCAGCACAACCCAAUGAACAUCCUGGACAACAACAACUUUAAACUCCACGUGCUAAUGGAUGUCUCUAAGGGAAUGUCGUUUCUACAUGACUCUCUCAACAUAGCUCACACCAACCUUAAAACGUCCAACUGUGUGCUCGACAGCAGGUGGACUGUUAAAGUCAGUGACUUUGAUCCUCACCGAGUUAAACAGUGUUUUGUGGCGGAUACGGAGGAUCUGGAACAUUCCCACGCUCACAAACUGUGGACAGCUCCGGAACUUCUGUCCAGCAAGUUCGCGGUACAGAGGGGAUUGAAAAUGUGUGAUGUGUACAGUUUCGGGAUGAUAAGCUACCAUGUGUUGGCAGGUGCACUGCCGUACCACUGCAAGGGGGAGGAGGGCGAGAUUUCUUUCUCUGAGAUUAUAGCCAGAGUUAAGGGAAGGUCCGAACCUCCUUUCAGACCACAGUUGAAACUAAGUGAUUGUAACGAUAACAAGGAGCUUUGUAAGCUAAUAAAGGACUGCUGGAGCCAGAGACCGAGUCUACGUCCUGUAUUUGGGAAGAUCUCAGAAGUUCUGGAUAGUUGGACUAUGCCAGGUCAGAGCUUUGGGGACUUUAUUGCAAGCCAAAUGGAAGAGUAUUCUUAUGGACUCGAUCAAAAGGUUAUAGAGAUGGAGGAGAAGCUAGAGAGCGAACGAACAGAGUUUGAGAGGUUACUUCAGAAUAUGUUGCCUCGGCAGAUAGCCAACUCUAUCAAGGCCGGAAGACAACCUUCCUUCGAACAGGCAGAUGUAUCCUUAUACUUUAGUGAUAUUUACAACUUCUCCAAGAUAUCUCAACUCAAACGAUUUCGGGAUGAUCCAAAACUUAUUGUUGAAUUCUUGAACGGGCUAUACGAGGAGCUGGACAGAUUAGUAAAAUGUUUCCAAGAUAAGCUGUAUAAGGUGGAGACUAUAAACGACUCUUAUCUCGUCAUGUCAGGACUACCAGUACGACAUGAACACAGCUAUCUGCACGCUGGAUAUAUAGCUAACUUUGCACUGUUUGCUCUGAGUACAGUCAAUGAGAUAAAGUUGGAAGGGUAUCCUGAUGUUAGGGUUCAGAUACGGAUAGGAAUACACUCUGGGAAGUUGGCUGCAGGGGUGAUAGGGAAACUAAACCCGCGAUAUUGUCUAUUUGGGGACACUGUGAACUUUACCUCACGUCUUGAAAGUACUGGAAAGCCCUUUACCAUCCACACGAGUAUCGACACAGUCAACCUGUUAGAACAGCACCCUAGCAGUGGACUGUUCAAGAUUGUACAGAGAGUUGGGAAAGUUACCCUCAAAAACAGGGGCGAGCAUCAGACUUACUUCGUUGUAGGAAUGACGGGUUUCAAAUGGCAGCUCCCUAAAGAGACAGAACGGUUGAUGAGACGAGGAGACAACUCCGACGAGACGGACUCUAUUGCCUCCUUCAAGACGAGUGAUAGUAUUAGUAUGGGACACACCAGUGCAACAGGACGUAGAAGGAAGACGUCAGCUACCAGCAUGAGCACGUAUACGGACCUGAGUGUUACUGAGUCUAGCUCCACUGCUACCUUCGUGGAUGCUAGAGCUCCUAAACUGUCUUGUGCUGUCAUGGAAACCAGCGUAUCACAACUGAUGUUGUUGAUAGAUAAGAUGAGGAGACCUAUAGACGAAUCUAACGAGUUUGAUGGAGAGCGAACUGCUAGACGGGCCUUUUCCGAGCCGGACGGGGGCAAUUUCACUAUAGAGACAGAUCAAAAGAAGCAGCGUAUGUCGACCCCCUUCAGAAAGGAGAGUGAUGAGUCCCUGUAUAACCGAGUGAAGGAAGGGCGUGUCUCCAACCUCCUACCACAGAUACCAGAACCUAUCGUGUCUGGAGAGGGGGGUCCUGCUGAUACCACCUCGGCUAGCUGCGGGUCUUCUAGUGAUAUUCUCUCUACUUUAUCCGAUCCUUUGGGUGAACUAGGAUUAGCAGAAGAAGCCGGCCUCCUCUCCUCUGUCUAUAACCACUAUGAGACUCCUCCUACUCCUCCAAAUGAACUCAACUACAGAGAUGAGACCGACACAGUCCCUGACAGAGAGGAUCACCUUGACAACGAGGAUCACCUUGACACCCCCACUGAGGGUAAUAUCUCCAGGGUCUCCUCCAUCAAACGUCGUGACACUAACUGUACCUUGGUGGCACCCUCUGCGUACGCUCUGUCGGGGUUCCCCAUGGUUAUGGGUAAGAAGCGGUACUCUUGUAGGAAGAAGAUGCCGUCCAGUACAAACGAGCAUGCUUCUACUGAGGGAACUGAUGGUACUGAGUCAGAGGAUUUCGAACAAUUUGACGAGUCUACUGAUUGAUAUUCUUAGGAUUUUAGGAUAUUAGAUUGUAAAGAAAUGUUAAGUCCUUCUUGAAACUUCAUCUUAUCUUGAUUACUUCCCAUGAUUCCCAUCUCGUCGUUUCCCAUGUACAUUGUACAUUGUACAUUGUACAUUGUAUAGACUUCAACAGUUAUUCCUCAAAGCGCCAUAUAAUCACGUGACCCCAGCUAUUACCAACAGUCUCCAGUUAUAUUGAGCGUCCAGGAAAUCACUGUGGCUACAAUCGUUCUCUCUUCGUUUUUAGCUUUCUCUGUGUUUGUUGAUGGACGGUUAAAAUUCAUGAUAUUUGUCUUUUUGUUGUAAAAGUUUUGUUUAGUUCUUUUCUGCUUAUUGCUGUGAAUUUAAGACGAUUUUGAAUCAUUUACUGACAGUAACCAAUAACCAUGAUAAACGUUGCCAUGGUAACAUUUGUAUUCUCCCCACCG